CGGGCGCGGGAGCUGCGGCGGCUCCGGGCGGCGCGAUGAGCGCGGAGGAUGAGCUGAGCCUGCUGGUGAUCAUCAUUGACACCAACCCCAUCUGGUGGGGGAAGAAGGCGCUAGGAGAGGCUGAGUUCACCCUGUCGAAAUGCAUCGACGCAGCGAUGGUGCUGGGAAACUCCCACCUCAUCAUGAACCGCCCCAACAGGCUGGCUGUGCUGGCCAGUCACACUCAGGAGAGCCGUUUCUUGUACCCUGGGAAGUGUUGGACUUCUGCAGAUCUCCUUGGAGAUGGUAGUAGCUCCAUGGAAUCUAAUUGCUCUGGCAGCAAGGAUGGAAAAUAUGAAUUGUUAACAGCAAUAAAUGACGCAAUUGCAGAAGAAAUUAAAGACCUCAUGACAAAAACUGACAUGAGGGGCCAGCAAACAGAAACUCUCUUAGCAGGGUCACUUGCCAAAGCACUUUGUUAUAUCAACAAGGUGAGCAAAGAGGUAAAAGCUAAUCAAGAAAUGAAGUCAAGGAUUCUGGUCAUAAAAGCAGCAGAAGACAGUGCAUUGCAGUACAUGAAUUUCAUGAAUGUCAUCUUUGCAGCACAGAAACAGAGUAUUUUGAUUGAUGCCUGUGUCUUGGACUCUGACUCAGGUCUCCUACAACAGGCUUGUGACAUUACAGGUGGGAUCUAUCUGAAAGUGCCCCACAUGCCAUCCCUUCUGCAGUAUUUGUUGUGGGUAUUUCUCCCUGAUCAAGAGCAAAGAUCACAGCUUGUCCUUCCACCUCCAGUUCAUGUUGACUACAGAGCUGCCUGCUUCUGUCAUCGAAAUCUCAUUGAAAUUGGUUAUGUGUGCUCAGUGUGCCUGUCAAUAUUCUGCAACUUCAGUCCUAUUUGUAGUACCUGCGAGACUGCUUUCAAAAUAUCAUUGCCACCUGUCAUGAAAGCCAAGAAGAAGAAGUUGAAGUUAGCUGCCUAACAAUAUUAUGUAAAUACAUCCUUACCUCCUUCAGUAAUUCCAUGAGAUGGAGUAUAUGUGAGAAAUUGAUGGCACUUUUUAGUGGGUAUGAAAGAGAACUGUAUAUGCAGGGUCACUACUUGUUUUUUAGGGGAUAAAUAUUUAAAGUGUAUGUUUUCUACACAGCCCUUUAAGUAACAAAUCACUGUAUUACCAUGUAACCUGUGCUGUUUUAAAUACUAAUCCUUAAUUUCAGAAGUUACAGCCUGUUAAGAGACAGGCCUUGUGCAGUAGAAGGUAUUCUGGCCACUGCAAAGUUUCACACCUCCAAGUUAUUUUCAAAGACAAGAAAGCUCUGGAUCUGUAUUGUUGGUGUAAAGGUAAGAAUGACCAUUUCUGAUGUGUAGGAUCACAACCUGAGCACUAGGUUAAUCGGGGACUUCAAAUUCUUGCUAGAUUUUGCUAGCAAUUUUUGGACUGAAACAGCAUCAGUUUCAAAAUAGAGGAGCCAACAUUUUUAAAGGUGGCUUCAAAUCCAUCUUUUUGGGUAUCUCUUCAUUUGUGAAUAGAAGUGCCCCACUUCAAUAAAUGCAAACUAACUGGUUAUUCUUUAAGGUUUUAUUUUGAAACUGGAAAACAAUAGAAUUCUGUGUAAUAUGACAGCAGGUUCUCUCUUGUGGUUAGUAUGUGGUUUUAUAUCUGGGAUUUGACAGGUGAGAAGGAAGGCCUUUGGACUGAUGUUUUCUAGCUUUGAACACGAGGGUAGACAUGCUGUGUAGUUCUGAGCAUCGUUUUGGUUUGAACAAAAAAAACAACCUCCCACUUUUAAAAGGUGACUGUAUAAUUUGGUAUUUUUACCGAUUGCUGGAACUUGAUGUUGUCCUGAAAGGAAUACAGAGUCAUGGGUUCCUAUGCAGAAAAAGACUGUAUUUUGCUAAGGUGUAGGCAGGAGUUUGUCCUGUGUUGAUCAGGUUUCUGUCAAUCAUUGUUCUAGAGGCUUGAGCCGGUUUUUUUGAAGGCUGUAUUUAUACUUUACUUUGCAUAAAACCUUUGUAAUAAAACCUGUUCUUUUCCAAA